UUCUAAAACAAGUGAAAUAAAAUAAACUUCAACCUCAAAUAUUCGAAUUUUAAAAUACUGAAAUAGUCAAAAUCUUAAUGAAAAUAUUGAAUUAUGAAUGAAAUAGAAGACGUCAUACUGAAAAACAUAUUUGCUGUAGUAGAAUAUAUACCAAAACAUAAAAGUAUGUGGGAGGAAUUCCAGCAAGAUAUUAUUGUUCUUCUACAAAUACUUCAAAAUCAGAAAGAAGAACUCAUACAUACAGAAAGUGUUCGCAGUAAUAUUCUCAAUACACAAAAUUUUAAGGAACUUAAAGAAGCAUUAUUACAGGUCAUUAUAGAGGAAAUUGAUGAAUCCUUAAUUCGAAUAAAAAAUAAGAUGAAUCAUCUGAAACACAUCAAUGAUGACAUGAAGAGUCAUAUUGAAAAAUUAGAAAAAUCUUCCUUGGAAUUUGACUGGCAUUCUACAUCAAAAAUUCUUGAUGGAAAUGAAUAUCAACCACCCCUUAGUGAAUUACUACAACUUUGUUUGGAAUACCGAACAUUUAUCUUGAAAUAUACCGAUGAAAUAUUUCAUACGUUCGAUAUGAUUGAUAUAAGAAAUGGAGAAACAUUGAAAAAAUUAGAAGACUCUGUUAAAUUUGAUGAUCUUAUAGUAAGAAAAUUAAUUGCAAUUACACAAUACCUAAAAUAAGA